UAAUAUGUAUUGUGGGUGGAGAUCGAAAGACAGCGCAUGUUACUCAAAUCUCACAUGGCUUCCUUCUCUGUUCAUCCUAAUCAUAUAAUGGCGUUUUCAGAAGAAAGCUUGAUGGCCACUCCAUUUCCCAGUGCCCACCCAUGGACCCAAUCAAUGCCUCUCUUCAAUCUUCUCCUUCAAGCGAUGUGCCGCUCAUUGAUGAAGCUUUGGAUCGUUUAGAGCUCUGUUGGUUCUUUGAUAAUCUCCUUACUUGGAGGAACCCCCGGAUGUCUACCUCCCGUUCUGAUCCUUGUCUUUCUAAUGUUGCCCAUCAGGUGUUUGAUGAAAGUCCAAGUCCUGCUGCUAAUCUCUGCUCAUCUGAUUUGGAUGGGGAUGUUUCGCUGCCAAAUGGUGGUAGGGUACGUCGGAAUCUGCUUCGAACACCGUCGUUACCGUCCCGUAUGGAUCUAGGAGGGGAGGGAAUUCGAGAGAAAGGAAGUUGUUCUAGACCCUUGUUGGAGCAUGAUGUGCUUGUUGAAACUCCUGGUGAUAAUGUUUGCUCGUCUUCUUUGGAUAUGGAUGUUUCGAUUGGAAAUGGUGGUGGUAAACAGAGGAGUCUCCUUCGAACACCAUCGUUACAGUCCCGUGUGGACCGAGAGGAAGGAAUUCGAGAUAAAGGAAGUGGUUCUAAGCCAUUAUCAGAGCAUGAUGUUCUUGUAGAAACUCCUGCUGAUAAUGUUUGCUCAUCUUCUUUGGAUAUGGAUGUUUCGAUUGGAAAUGGUGGUCGUAAACAUAGGAGUCUCCUUCGGACACCCUCGUUACCGUCCCAUGUGGACCAAGAGGAAGGAAUUCAAGAGAAAGGAAGUGGUUCUAGGCCAUUAUCAGAGCAUGAUGUUCUUGUAGAAAGUCCUGCUGAUAAUGCCUGCUUAUCUGCUAUGGAUAUCAAUGUUUCCCUGGGAUAUGGUGGUGGUAAAUGUCGGAGUCUACUCCGGAUGCCUUCGUUACCAUCCCGUGUGGAACGAGAACAAGGUAUUCGAGAGAAAGGGAAUGAUUCCAAGCCAUUAAUAGAACAUGUGUUGCUUCAAAAACCAGCCAAACCACCAUAUGUAGAGAGGAAAGAAGAAGGAACUCGCAGCAAAGAAAGUGGUAGCACUCGAAAGAGCAAAUCCGCAAGGAAACCACGGAAUGGCAAUCUGCUAAGAACACCAUCUUUGCCACCAUUUAUAGGCAGAGAAAAGGAAUUUGGAGAGAAGGAAGCUGCUGCUAGAAUCAGAAACUCCAUUCAACCGAAUCUUUCUGAAUUCUUUCCCACAAGACAAGAGAUUCUUGAAAAGAACUUCAGCCUCCCGACGUGUCGAAUCCCGACAAACAGCGACAGAAUGUGGCACCAAUUUCUCAUCCAAAUGAGGAAAAGAAGAAGCCAAAGUGAGCUUGAAUCAGAAGAAUUGCAAGGGUUCAAGGACUUGGGAUUCACAUUUGACAAAAAGGAUAUAAACCCAACAGUGGUUGAUAUAAUUCCAGGGUUGAGAGAGAAAAAAGAGGAAGAAUUAGACAGUGAAAGAACAAGAAGACCUUAUCUUUCUGAAGCUUGGAUGCUCCAAAAUCAUCUCCUCCCUCCCAUCCCAAAAUGGGACAGUAGAAAAUCUGCUGAAGACAUGAAACAACAAAUCAAGUUCUGGGCUAGAGCUGUUGCUUCCAAUGUGCACUAAAAAUGGUGAGUGAAGGCUUCUAAACAGCCCCCAUUGUCUCUAAAUAUGCUGAAAUUGCUGUGCAGCAUCCCAAAACUCUUCUUAAUGGAAUUGGAUCGGAGGGAGCUCAAAUGACCAUUUUGUAACAGUCCAAGCUCACCGUUAGUACCGUUUCACGUUUGAAUGAGCUUUGAGAAGAACAAAAUAUAGAACUUUUCUCGCUUUUCAAUGCCAAACAAGGAGAAAAAGGUCCAAAUUCUCAAUGCAAUGUUUGUAAAAUUACAAACAUGUUGGUCUAUUUGAAGCUACAAAUGCUUCAAAAUUGAGAAGGUUUUUGCAUUGUGGAGAUUGGGCCUUCUGAUUCUCUGCUAUUCCUCAAAAAGGA